CAGAUAUCUCGAAAGCCUUUUGAGUGUACCAUGCUGAUUUCCUGGCGAGCAGGCCCAGGAGCCCCACAUCUGCUGCUCCCGCUUCUGCUCCUCGCAGCCUGGGAGGCCGGGAGCGGCCAGGUCCACUACUCGGUCCCCGAAGAGGCCAAACACGGCACCUUCGUGGGCCGCAUCGCACAGGACCUGGGGCUGGAGCUGGCGGAGCUGGUGCCGCGCCUGUUCCGGGUGGCGUCCAAAGGCCGCGCGGACCUUCUGGAGGUGAAUCUGCAGAACGGCAUUUUGUUCGUGAAUUCUCGGAUCGACCGCGAGGAGCUGUGCGGGCGGAGCGCGGUGUGCAGCAUCCACCUGGAGGUGAUCGUGGACAAGCCGCUGCAGGUUUUCCACGUGGAGGUGGAGGUGAGGGACAUUAACGACAACCCGCCGGCGUUCCCUGAAAGUAAGAAGAGGAUAAGCAUUGCAGAAUCUAGACUUCCGGAAACUCGCUUUCCACUAGAUGGCGCAUACGAUGCAGAUAUUGGAGUAAACUCGGCCUUGACCUACCGACUGGACCCCAAUGAUUUUUUUGCUUUGGACGCACAAAACAAUCGUGAGCAAACGUCUUUAUUAUCACUUGUGCUAAGGAAAUCAUUGGACAGAGAGGAAAUUCAGGAACAUAGUUUAUUAUUAACAGCCAGUGAUGGAGGUAAACCCGAGUUAACCGGCAGAGUUCAGCUGCUGAUCACGGUGCUGGAUGUGAACGAUAACGCUCCAGAAUUUGACCAAUCCAUUUAUAAGGUAAGAGUGCUAGAGAAUGCAUUUAAUGGGACAUUGGUGAUCAAGCUAAAUGCCACAGACCCUGAUGAUGGCGCAAAUGGAGACAUAGUCUACUCAUUCAGAAGGCCUGUAUCGCCUGCAGUAGAAUAUGCAUUUAUCAUAAGCCCCAGUAAUGGAGAAAUUAGGACAAAAGGUAACCUGGAUUUCGAAGAAAAGAAAUUGUAUGAAAUACCCGUGGAGGCCGUUGACAAAGGAAAUAUUCCAAUGGCCGGUCAUUGUACUGUUUUGGUGGAAGUACUAGAUGUAAAUGAUAAUGCCCCAGAGGUUACCAUCACUUCUCUGUCACUCCCGGUCAGAGAGGACGCUCAGCCUAGCACUGUCAUCGCCCUGAUGAGUGUGUCUGACCGCGAUUCAGGCACCAACGGGCAAGUGAUCUGCUCCCUGACGCCCCAUACCCCCUUCAAACUGGUGUCCACCUUCAAAAACUAUUAUUCGCUGGUGCUGGACGACGCUUUGGAUCGCGAGAGCGUGUCGACCUAUGCGCUGGUGGUGACAGCACGGGACAGGGGAUCACCUUCUCUGUCGGCCACAGUCAGUGUGUCCGUGGAGGUGGCCGACGUGAACGACAAUGCGCCCACGUUCGCCCAGCCUGAGUACACGGUGUUUGUGAAGGAGAACAACCCGCCAGGAUGCCACAUUUUCACGGUGUCGGCGAGAGACGCGGACGCGCAGGAGAACGCGCUGGUGUCCUACUCGCUGGUGGAGCGGCGGGUGGGCGAGCGCGCGCUGUCGAGCUACGUGUCGGUGCACGCCGAGAGCGGCAAGGUGUACGCGCUGCAGCCGCUGGACCACGAGGAGCUGGAGCUGCUUCAGUUCCAGGUGAGCGCUUGCGACUCGGGCUUCCCGCCUCUGGGCAGCAACGUGACGCUGCAGGUGUUCGUGCUGGACGAGAACGACAAUCCUCCAGCGGUGCUGUCGUCUGGGUCGGGCGGCGCGGGCGGCGCGGUGAGCGAGCUGGUGCCGUGGUCUGUGGGUGCGGGCCACGUGGUGGCGAAGGUGCGCGCAGUGGACGCCGACUCGGGCUACAACGCAUGGCUGUCGUAUGAGCUGCAGCCGGCAGCGGGAGGCGCGCGCAGCCCAUUUCGCGUGGGUCUGUACACGGGCGAGGUGAGCACAACGCGCGCCUUGGACGAGGCGGACGCGCCCCGCCAGCGCCUGCUGGUGCUGGUGAAGGACCAUGGGGAGCCGCCUCUGGUAGCCACGGCCACCGUGCUGGUGUCUCUGGUGGAGAGCGGCCAGGCACUGAAGACGUCCUCGCGGGCGUCGGCGGGCUCCGCUGGCCCGGAGGCGACGCUGGUGAAUAUCAAUGUGUACCUGAUUAUCGCCAUCUGCGCAGUGUCCAGCCUGUUGGUGCUCACGCUGCUGCUGUACACCGCGCUCCGGUGCUCUGCACCGCCCACAGAGGGCGUGUGCGGGCCGGGAAAGCCCAAGCUGGUGUGCUCCAGCGCGGUGGGGACCUGGUCAUACUCUCAGCAGAGGCGGCAGAGGGCAUGCUCUGGGGAAGGACCGCCCAAGACCGACCUCAUGGCCUUCAGCCCCUCACUCCCUCCUUUUCUGGAUUCUGCAGAGGGAACUGGCCAGAGAGAAGCGGAUUCAGAACAUUCGAACGAGAGCGUCAAGGAGGGCUUACAAAGCACUCCCACUGGGGCCUCCUGGGGACGGAGAAAAAUCUAUCCCGCAAAGAGCGAACAAAGAACCGUAAAGCUUGCGCUCUGCUGCUGUGGCGCCUGGAAAAAUCUCCUCCCAGCGUUUCCCUCUGAGUCCAGCUCCCUUCCGCGGGCAGUUAAGACGUUAAUGGGUCCCAGGCGCUGGGGACUCGACGCUCGGCCUUCCUGGAGCCCGGGAGCAGUUGGCGGGAGGAGUCCGCCGGGGUCAGCCCCCGUUGCAAGCAGCUUUCAGGCAGAGCUUGUGGGUGCUCGCUACUGUCCUAGGAAUCGCCACUGCCGUUUAAGGAGAGUUGUGUCAGUUUAUCCCAGCGUCUUCCUGGCGCUGCCCCGCCCCCGUGCGGGGGCUGGGAGCGAAAUCCCGGUUCGCAGCCCAGGGAGGCUGCGCUCCCGCAGCGCGCAAUCCACCUCGUCUCAGCAACUGCAGGCGGCGCUGUGCUCCUCCGCACCGGGCGGCUGGGCUUUCCCAGACGGCUGUCAGACCUCCGCUCUAGCAAGCCCUGCUCCAGGCGGGCCAACCCCGGCAGCUCCGGUGUUUGAAGGCUGA